AUGGAUAAAAACCGUGUUACUUUCUUAAACAAUCUUGAUUGGAGAUCCAAGUUGUUUACCAUCAAGGUCAAUGUGUUAAGACUUUGGAUUCCUGUGAAUCCAAAGAGAGAAGGAGAAACCCUUGGUAUUGAGAUGGUGGUCAUGGAUGAGCAGGGGACCCGGAUGCAGGCUACUGUUUCGAGCAAGUUUAUGAAAAAACAUGAAAUUUUGCUUAAUGAACAUGAGUGUUAUUACAUAUAUAAAUCUCAACUUUCCGUCAUUAUGUCAAAUUUGAAACACUUUGAGAAGGAACAUGCUAUUAGCUUAAACUUUGAUACAUCAGUUAAAAAGUGUGAGAAUUUUUAUGGAAGUGUAUAUUGUAUUCGGUUAGUAUCGUUUGAGUCCAUAAAAGCUGGUGAAGUCGAUGUCAAGUAUCGACUUGAUGAGUGGUCUGAACCAGAAGUGACCAAAAUAAAGAUGGGAAAAGAUAGCAAAUACAUGAACAUGCAAUUGCUAGAUGAAGAGGGAAUCAAGUUAAAGUGCACUUUAUGGGAUGAGUAUUGCGAUCAGAUGUUUGGUUACAUUCAGAGCCAUAAAGAAGAAGUUGAUGUUGUUCUGCUUGUGCAGUUUGGUAGUUUCUACAAGUAUAAAGGGAAGAUAAUGCUAUCUAAUGCUUUCCAAAUAACCAGGUUGUUUAUCAAUCCUGACAUAGAGGAGAUUCGGUCCUUUAGAACAAAGUUUGUUGAGAAGAUAUGUAAAACAUCGUCUAAUGGUCAGAAAUCUAUUGGUUCAUCUGGAAACAUCAGUCUUGCGGAUGACUUUUUAUUCAAGCAUCCUUUUUCCAAUUUCCUUGAUAUUACCCUGUUGGAUAAGCCUUGUGAGCUCAUAGUUCAUGGUUUGAUCAUGAGUGUGGAUGAUAAAGAUGAUUGGUACUAUGUUGGUUGUGAUCAGUGCAAUCGAAAGGUGGAGACAACAUUUGUCAUUGAGGAAGCUGAAGACGGUGCUGAGGAACCAAAGUGA